GGGCAUCCGGUGGAGGUCCCGGUUCUGGGGGUGGAAAUGGAGAAGACCCCUCCCAUCAUCGCCAUGCCUGUCGCUCCUCCCACCGCAGCAGACGGGGUGGAGUCGGAGAGAGAGGGGGGCUAUAGCAGCGAGCCUCUCUCAAAGAGACCUGGGCGGAGGAGGCAGCUGCUGUUCAUUGACCCGGACAUGCAGAUCCCCCAGGAUGCAAUGCAGGCCCAGAUACAGGACACACUGGUGGAGACCGCGUCUCUGUCCCAGGUACUGUUGGAGAGACCAUCCCAGCACAGAGUUUCUCCUGCAGAGCUCUUCAGCAUGCCCUGCUCCACUAAUUUUCACCCGGACAUCCAGUAUCACUGGAACAGAGCCACCGUCUCCUCCUCCCUCCCUCCCUCUGCAGAGGGGCGGGAGAGGGACUCCAGGGUGGAGACGGAACAGGACAUGGAGGUGGUGAGAGAGGACAGGAGAAAGCACAAGGACUCCAGCAUUAGAGAGGUAUCGACCGAGCUUAUAGAGUCAGCACUGGCAUCGGAAGCAUCAGCUGUGUCUGAGGUUCUUCUGGAGGUGUCCAAAGAUGACCAGGACCAGAUCACUCCCGUCGGAAGAUGGUCCCCAGUAGAGGGAGCUCCUGCCCCCAUGGCAGGCAUUCUUGAGGAGCAAGUGGAGCUGCCCGCAGGAGAGAUGGCAGAGGCAGUGGGGACCACUGAGAGCCUACUGGAACUGGUGUCCCGUUACUUCGUGCACUAUGGGGAAGUGUACUUUGAUACUCUGCUGCCCCCUGAGGCUGACCGAAGUACUGCAGCCCAUCUUCUCUGCACACUGCUUGAGCUUGUAUCUGUGAAGAAACUCAGCGUGAAUCAGGCUAUGCCAUACGGAUCCAUCGCCAUCUCUCCUGGACAGCUGUUUGCAAUGGCCUAAGGGAUGGGACUAGCUCAAAAUGAUUCUGCAGUCUCUGAUAUUUAUUCCUGAUAUUUAAUAUUGCUUUUAAAAUAAUACGCUUCAGAUUGUUUGUGAAAAUGUUGUGGAGCAAUGCCAGAUUUUAAACCUGUUUUUAAACUUUUGUAUUUUAUGAA